GCAAGAUAACCAGAUAACUAGAUUUUCAUCUCUCAACUUUCGGUUUCUCCUUUUCUUCCAUGGAUAGAGCAUACUGACCAGAGACUCUCUCUAACACCUACACAUACAUACACCACACCACCUUCUUUCCUACAUAGAAGACCGACCUACAUACCGACAAUGUCUCCCCCUCAUCAUCCUCCAGCCCACGGCCCGGCCUUCGAGUCCGCGAUCCAAGUAACUCCCCUCAGCUCGCACCGCUACUCAGCCCAUCUUCGCAAAGAAUGGUGCAUCGGAGCAGUCCCCCACGGCGGCUACACCACCUCCGUCCUGUACCGUCUCGCCCUCGUGCACUUCGCGCACACCCACCCAGCUCUCUACAAGAACAGCCCCGCGACCCCGAUCUCCAUGCAACUAUCCUUCCUCCGCCGCACAGCGGCCGGUCCCGCCGUGCUGAAAGUCGAGGAUACGAAGCUGGGACGGCGGACGAGUACGUUGCAUGUGAUGCUGCUCCAGAAGCCUGAUAGCGGCAAGCGGAAGCAAUCGCAGUCGUCUACUACGGAAGGGAAGAAGGGUGAGGAUGACGAGGACCUCGAAGUCAAGGUGGCAGGAUACAUUACCGUUAGUCCCGCGGACGCCGAAGAGGGACUUAGUGCUACGACUGGGUGGAAGGUCAGCAGUCCUGUGCCUGCGGCUGGGUCGAAUGGAGAUGGGUCGGUGGAUUUGGAGACGUUAGGGAGGACAGGGCGCGAUGGGGCGUGGGGGAAGCUUAUACCGGAGCAUUCGGAGUUCCGGAAGGCGACGGGGCAGACGGAGUUCUAUGUGCCUGUUGAGCUUAGUGAGAAGGAGAGGAAGCAGAGGAAGAUGAAUGCGGAGCAGUGGGCGAGGUUCCGGCCUGCGGGGGAUGUGAAUGCGCGGUGGACUAAUGAGGCGCUGGUGUAUUUGACGGAUAUGUUUCCUACGGCGUUGGCUGGGUUUGAUGAUGCGGCGGAGGAGGCGGCGGUCGGGGGUGGGAAGGGGUUGUUUUGGUUUCCCACGGUCACGUUGAAUAUUGAUCUGAAGAAGAGGUUGCCCGAGGAAGGGGUCGAGUGGUUGUAUAGUCGGGUGUAUACGAAGAAGGUGCGGGAUGGACGCACGGAUUUGGAUGUCACGGUCGUGGAUGAUAAAGGGGAUGUGGUGGCGUUGAGUACGCAGGUGGGCUUGGUGUUGAGUGCCAGUCGCAAUAUCGGGUCUCGUGCGAAGUUGUAGAUGCUUCGCUUUCUUUUUUUCCCUUCCUUCCACCCUUGUUUCUGGCUCAUCAUCAUCAUCAUCAUCCUCGACCCUGUUCCUUUCUUUCUCUCUGUCUUUCUAUCUCCGAACGACUGGCUCUAUCUACCGGUCGAUGCAAUAUGUACAUAUACUAUA